AGCAGAGCUGUCGGUGCUACAAGAGAAAACGGGGAGAUUCAGAUUAGAACGGGUGAGGAGGGGAGCUCAGGACGGGGCCCCGGAAGGAGGCCACGGGGCCAACUGAGCCCAGGCAGCGGGCGCCCCUUGUACUUCCUGUCUGAGGAAUUUGGCCGUCGGGGAAGAGUGGCCCCGUGAAGAGAUUGUGUCUGUUUCAUAAGGGAUCUGAUUCCUGUUUGGGAAACCGAAGCAAACUAUUUCCGGGUACGGUCUGGCCACGUACCUGGCCUCCAGGUCACACUCACAUGUGCACAUUCAGAAACGGGACAAGGGGAAUUCAGCUCAUCAAGGAUGCCCCCACAGUGGCCCCAGGAUUCCCUUCUCUCAGCCCGGGGCUUUGGCCGUGGUCUUGGAGGUUCCUGCCCACAGCAAGUUGGCCUGUGGCCCCGGCGCCCCACCCAGGAUGGAGCAGGGGUGUGGGGCUGCUGGCCCAGGGCGGUUUCCACCCUCAGGAACCUCCCUGGGGCCCGUCCUCGGUCGCCUGCACGAGGCAGGAACAUGUGCUUGCAGCCCCGGCCGCCCCCGCUCCCAAGUCCCUGGUGCCACGAGUAAACUCUUCCUCCUCCAUCCCUGGGAGACGCAGGACUCCCCCCUCCCAGCCUGACUCCCUCCCUCACCUCCCACCCAGGGCGGCUCUGCCGGGCUGCUGCGAGUGGGCUUGGUUUCAUCAGCCCAGGGGGGUUUCUCUUUUAGCUUUCCUUAGCUCAGCCCAGAGUACAACCCUCCCCGGGAUGGUUCUCUGGUGCUUGUAAUCUCUCUUCUCAUUUCCAUCGUGUCCAUAGUUUAAUAAGGAUUUUCUUCACUGUGCCUCCGCCGCCCGCCACUGCUUCCAUUUACAUCACAAUCCAGGUUGUCAUAACUUCCUGGAGAGGCAAAGGCGGGCUCUUCGGGGGCUCGGGGCUCUGGCACCUGGCUGUUGCCCCUCUCUCUGGGCCAUCAGCUCGCAGGCUUGGCCGAGGUGCGGUCAGGGAGGCUGUCAGAGCCUUGAGGUUAAUUUUCUGAGAGUAUUGGUGCCGCCUGAAGCUGAAAUCAGGUAGAGAUAUUCAGUCCGUGGAGAGCUCCCUUUUCUGGAGGGUUUUAAGCGUGUGGUGCGUGUUGUUAGUCUUUAAUCAUCACCCAAGUGAAAUUAUUUUUUUUCCAGUCAGAUGUUUUAAAACGGUGCGAAAGAAUUUAUAAUAAACAGAAGAGAAACCAUUCUGUUGGGUGUUUGACACACUGGCUUCUUCAGAAUAUCAGUUCCUCUGGAUGCUGGUGUGGUCUGGGGGGUGGGGGGGGGGACCACCACCGGAAGAUAUUAAGGGCAAUCCGGCAAGAUUUUCCCUAACUUCCAGGAGUGCUGAAAAGGGAAACUCCUGAGGCUACACCAUGCUGGGAAAUCCCCUGUCCCUCUCAGUGUUCCCCUUUGGUGGCUCCUAAAGGGAGUGCAUCUCUGGAGAGGUGCGCUUGGACUAACGAUGUCUGUGUCCUUAAGCAACAAGAACCAUCAGAGGGUGGCGCGUGAGGAACCGAUUACUCUGGAUCAGGCACCGGAGUGUCCCCCUUGUGUGUGUGUAGACGGCCCCACUGGUGCUCAGAGAGGCUGGUCAUCCAUUCAACUGAGAACGAGGACUCGAAUUCAGCUGCAGACUUAGUCCUCAUUUUGAUCCCAUCCUCCACCCCCCCCCCCCGCCCCAAACAAAACGGUGUGCGGGGCAAAACAGAUGCAGAGCUCAGAGCAAGCAGAGCAUGGGGGAGGGGGGUGGAUGAUGCCAGCGGCGGCCCUGGCGAGCCCUCACCCCGGGCCCUGCGCUGCCCCCGCGGCCGCGUCCCGACCCGCCCUCGGCCGCCCCCUGCCGGUCGGCGGCAGAAGCGCCUGCCCUGGAACCGGGAAGGCCCUCGCACCUGUUUCCUCAGCUGCGCAGUGAGGGAACCCACGUGUCGUGUCCAGCCCCGGGCUCGGGACCCUCAGCUGAUCCCCGUUGGCAACCAUCUGGUGCUUCACCCGCCAGGGUCGGGAAGAGUUGGGGUGAGCGCAUUAACGUGGCCCCUUCCCAGAAGUGACCGGGCAGCACCUACCCAACCUUCAUCCCAGAAGAACAGGCAGCCUGAGCAGUGAGUGUGGACAGAUGGCGGGUCUCGGGGCCUUGCCACUCAGCUGUGAGGGUCACCUGGAGGCUUGUGGAGAGCCAGAGUGUCAGGUCCCCGCCUGCCUGCUGACCAGAUUGCGUUUUAGCGGCACCCGCAGGUGGUCCUGGAUGCCUCCGAGGGGCUGGGCCGUGUGCAGUAUACUCCAUUCUGAGUUUUUGGAAAAGAUCAAAAUGACGACUAAGUCUGCAGCUGGAUUCAAGUCCUAGCGCCCAGCUGGAGGGGUGCGCGACCCUGAGCACUUCCUCCGCCUGUAGGACCCCUCAUCCUAAAUCUGAGACCUAACGAUUCCUAGCCAGUGUCCCCUGACUCGGCCCUCAUUUAGCGAGCGAGCUGCUCCGAAGGUCAAACUCUGAUGGCGAACCUGGCCAUCUGCCAUAGAGCAGACAGUGCUGGUCCUCAACCCUGGGCGGAAGCCUUCUUCACGGAAUGACCAUGGCAAAGCCACGUGAAAAGGGACUUAGGUCCGGGGAGACACUCCCUCCCCACAGCGAUUUGAAGAAAAAUGCGCUGGAUCGUGAAACUGUGGACUUUCCCUCUCCGGAGUCCCAAGGAAGAAAGCCCCCCAUCUGACUGGCCCAGACACUGGGCCUCUGAACCAGAGGCUGGGCCUAGACUUCUCAAGACCCUGUGGCUCUGAUGGCCCAUGUGCCUUGAUUUGCAAAAUGGUCUCGAUCUUUUCUAGUUGAAAUUCUGCUCAGUAAGACACACACCUAAAGCUUCAAAUUCUUCUGCAAAGAAAACUGCCAUAUGGCAUAGAAAAACAUGUGCAUCACAGUUUCUGUUUCUCCCCCUUAAUUAGCUUUUCUCCUUUAAGAAAACAAAAGCCCUUUAUCUUGACUCACCAAAUCAACACUGACCACCUUUGUCAUUGUGAUGAAUUUCCUAGAGUCUCAGGAACCGGAGCCCUGGACCAGCCGGGGAGUGGGGGUCUGUGCCCCAGAAUAAGGACGUGUUAGGAGCUCCCCGUGUUAGAACCAGGAGAACAGAGGUUGUAAAGUAUUUGCCGUCAGGGCCUUCGCACUCUGAGCUGCGUCCCGGGAUAUGGAGCGUGCCGGGCUGUGAAGCCGCGGGUUGGAAGGAGCGGAUUUUGGAAGGAAAUACUUUGUUGGCCUGCAGAAGAGAGUCAGGGUCUGAGGUCACUUUGAGACAGUUUCAGCCUCCAGGGACGCCUGGCGGGUCAUCGUCCCUGGAGCUGAGCAGCUCCGCCUGUGCAGGACCAGCAGCAGGCAUCCUUCCAUCCUCGCUGUGCUGAUGGAGAAUAUGGCCUCGUAAGGGAGGGAGACGGCAGAUAAGUCAGCCAGUGUUUGCGCCAGAUAAUUAAGGGCUUGUGAUAGUUGCCUUGCAAGGAAUAAACAAGGCCUCUGCUCCAGCACGAUGUCAACAGAGAGGGGCUUUCCUGACCACUGUCCAACCUCGGGUUUCCAUGGAAACCAGCCCCCACAUGGAGCAAAACACCAGCAGAGCCACGGACUAAGGCUUACGGCAGUGAGAGCCCAUUGAAUGGGCUGCAGGCACCAGACGCGGGGGCUCCGAGGGCCGAUCCCCCGCGUUUCCUCCGACCCCACAGCCCCGCACUGCGAGCAUCCACACAGCCCUGCAGGCUGGCUGGCAGGGGCGCCCGGUUCGUCCGCAUUAGACCCAUCCUGUGAUGCUUUGUGGACAGUGGCAUAAAGUACCCCUGCUUGUGCGCUGAGGCGGCCCGGCUGUGGACAGAGGACCGAGGAGCCGGCUGGCUGGGAAUGGGCCCAGGGGACAUGCAGACAUGUCUUCACCUGCAGCUUUCUCCCACUGCCUGCGCAGACCUUGAGUAAGCGACUGCGUGAACUAAUGAACCGUUACUGCAAAGACUGAAUGUUUCUGAAGGACUUGGAAUAGUGCUUACCUUGUAGGCCCACCCCCCACAGCCGCACCCACAAAGGGUCUCGGCAGCAGGCAGGUCGUGCGGGAGCCCCCAUGUCCCAGGGGCCCGCGUGCCAUGCCUGGAGCUCGGUCGGCUGUGUCUUCAUUUUCCCGUCUUCUCCGCGGGAUCAUGGGAGACCCCCUUGACCUUGUCUUCGGAGUAGUGCUCGUGGCCAGUCCUGUGCUGGCGAUUUCUUCCUGCUCCUCGGACGGUCGGCUAGCCUUGUACCGAUUCUGCAACCUCACCCAGGUGCCCUGGGUGCCUGGCACCACGGAGAUCCUCCUGCUAAGCUUCAACUACAUCGAGACUGUCACUGCCUCCUCAUUUCCCCUCCUGGAGCAGCUGGGGCUGCUGGAGCUCGGGACUCAGUAUACCCCCUUGCGUAUUGACAGAGAGGCCUUCCGAAACCUGCCCAAUCUUAGAGUCUUGGACCUGGGCGGGAGCCACAUGCAUUUCCUGCAUCUCGAUGCUUUCCAGGGGCUGCCCCACCUGCUUGAACUUCGACUCUUCUUCUGUGCUCUCUCCGAUGCCGUAUUAAGAGACGGUUAUUUCAGAAAUCUGGAGUCUUUGACUCGCCUGGACCUGUCCAAAAAUCAGAUUCGUAGCCUUCACCUUCAUCCUUCAUUCCGGGAGUUGAAUUCCUUGAAGUCUAUCGAUUUUUCCCUCAACCAGAUACCCAUCGUAUGUGAACAGGAGCUCAAGCCCCUCCAAGGGAAGACGCUCUCCUUCUUAAGCCUCGCCACCAAUGGCUUGUACAACAGGGUCCCCAUGGACUGGGCCAAGUGUAUGAACCCGUUCAGAGACAUGGUGCUGGAAACCCUGGAUGUUUCUGACAACGGCUGGACCGUGGAUGUCACGGGGAACUUCAGCAGGGCCAUCAGUGGGAGCCAGACCUCCUCUCUGGUUCUCGCCUACCACAUCAUGGGGGCUGGGUUUGGCUUCCGUAACAUCCGGGACCCUGACCGGAGCACAUUUGCUGGCCUGGCCAGGAGCUCGGUGGUGCGUCUGGAUCUCUCACACGGCUUUAUCUUCUCUCUGAACUUUCGGCUCUUUGAGUCUCUCAGGCACUUGAAGGUCCUGAACCUCGCCCACAACAAGAUAAACAAGAUUGCAGGGGAAGCGUUUUAUGGACUCGACAGCCUGCAGGUUCUCAACAUGUCACAUAACCUUCUGGGCGAGCUUUAUAAUUCUGAUUUCCGUGGACUGCCUGAGGUAGCCUAUAUUGACCUUCAAAACAACCACAUUGGGAUCAUUCAGGACCAGACAUUCAAAUCCCUGAAAACAUUACAGACCUUGGAUCUCCGCGAUAAUGCCCUUAAAACCAUUUCUUUCAUCCCGAGCAUCCCUACUAUCUUCUUGGGCAGCAAUAAACUGGUGACCUUGCCGAAUGUAAGGCUUACGGCCAACUUCAUCCACUUGUCAGAGAACAGGCUAGAAGAUCUGGACAGUCUCUACUUUCUUCUCCGGGUCCCUCACCUCCAGAUCCUCAUUCUGAAUCAAAACCGCCUUUCUUCUUGCAACCCAGCUCAUGCCCCAGUGGGGAGCCUCAGCCUGGAGAAGCUUUUCCUUGGAGGAAAUAUGUUGCAGCUGGCCUGGGAAACCGGCUUCUGCUGGGAUGUUUUUAAGGGGCUCUCCCAGCUCCAGGUCCUGUAUCUAAAUAACAACUACCUGAAUUUCCUUCCGCCAGGAGUAUUUAGCGACCUGACCGCACUGAGGGGUCUCAGCCUCAGCUCCAACAGGCUGACCGUUCUUUCUCCCGGUGACUUGCCUGCUAAUUUGGAAGUCCUGGAUGUGUCCAGAAACCAGCUCCUGUCCCCUGACCCCGAUCUGUUUGCGGGCCUCAGUGCCGUGGACAUAACGUACAACAAGUUCAUCUGUGAGUGUGAACUCCGUCCCUUCAUCAGCUGGCUCAACCAGACCAACAUCACUGUGCUUGGGUCUCAUGCAGACGUCCUCUGCAUGUACCCCGCCUCGCUUGCUGGGUCCUCCCUCUCCUCUGUGUCCAUGGAGGGUUGUGACGAAGAGGAAGUCUUAAAGUCCCUGAAGUUGUCCCUUUUCAUUUUAUCCAGUGUUACCGUGACUCUGUUCCUCACGGCUGUCCUCACGGUCGCCAAGUUCCGGGGGCUUUGUUUCCUCUGCUACAAGGCAGCCUGCAGACUGCUGUCCACAGACCACGCCAAGGGCAGCGGGUCAGACGUGUACAAAUACGACGCGUAUCUGUGCUUCAGCAACAAGGACUUUGAGUGGGUGCAAAAUGCUUUGCUCAAGCACCUAGAUGCUCAGUACAGCGACCAAAACAGAUUCAACCUGUGCUUCGAGGAGAGAGACUUUGUCCCGGGGCAAGACCACAUCGCCAACAUCCAGGACGCCGUGUGGGGCAGCAGGAAGGUGGUCUGUCUCGUGAGCAGGCACUUCCUCCGAGACGGCUGGUGCCUCGAAGCCUUCAGUUACGCCCAGAGCCGCUGUGUGUCUGACCUCGACGGUGCCCUCAUCCUGGUGGUCGUGGGGUCCCUGUCCCAGUACCAGCUGAUGAAGCAUCAGUCUCUCAGGGGAUUCGUGCAGAAGCGGCAGUAUUUGAGGUGGCCUGAAGACCUCCAGGAUGUCGACUGGUUUCUUAAUAAACUCUCUCAGCACCUUCUAAAGAAAGAAAAGGGAACGAAGAGAGACGGUGACAUUCAGCUGCAAACCAUAGCGAGCGUCUCCUCAUCUGCUAAUCCCAAGCCACAGACAGCUCUGCAUCUGUGCUAAGCUACCGUUUGGGGUCCUUUCUCGUAGCUUGUCUUUCCUACUAGGAACACAACGGGCUGUUGGUUUUCGUACCAACACGAUGCCCGUUCUCCCUGACCCCGCCAUGGAGGGGAGUACUGUUUUCUCCCGUUGUGCCGACCACAGGGCGUGCCCCGGUCACGGGACGGGCACCGGGAGACCCUUCCCCAGCACUCAGGCCGUCCCUGCAGAACAACACUGAGCACACGGACAAAGAGGCGGGUUUCCUCCCCCUCGUGGGAACAGUGCCGUUGCUGGGUACGGGUCACGGCUCAUCCCGGGUAGGGGUGACCCCGAGGAGGCCGGGACGAGAAUCGCUAGACGUCUUGGGGCCAUACCACACUUCCUGUUCUGACCCUCGAGGUCUCACCUCUGUGGGCCGAGAACGUUCUUUCUCAGCCUUAUUUCCUCCAACUCAUCAGCCGUUCGGCGGCUGCAGGGAGAGCAAGGCCCACAUCCUGGUCUGAGUCCUGAUUCUGCUCCGGUGGGCUGUGUGACCCAGAGUGCCUGAUGUGCCCUCUCUGGGCCUGGUCUCGUCUGUGGGCAUGUUCGUAUCUACCAAGGAUGUCAGGCUUCUCAAACCUUUCCUUGGUCGCCCUGUUGGCCACAGGGACGCACACUCGGGGGCACCUUUGCUGGCAGUCGAAACUUCCUUGAGAUUGUAUUUUUUUACCUCAAAAGAAAUCUAUAUACAUUUUGCAUUCUGUC